UGCUGUUCAUUUUCCGGAAAAAGGGGAAACUGAUUCGCAUGUUAUCAUUUUUCUUUUGUAAACUAGUGACAGUAUUUUGAAGUCUCAAGAUCCUACAGCGAUAAUAUGGUUCGAACGUAGCGGCUGUAGACCGCAGUUCGGUGCUGCUGGCGAUUCACUUAUCUUGCAAAGAUUUUUGCCAACCCAUGUCUUCUCCGAUCGAUCACACUUUGAUCCUGCUCGUUCUCCUCUUGCUUCCCCUCAACCUUCUCUCCUUCGUCAACCGUUCUCUCCGGCGUGCCGAUGGGCGGGAAGCUUGCUACUUCCGUCCUGCGAUCAUUUCCGCUCUUCUUAUCUCUCUCUCGACGAUCCUCGCUUUCUCCGAACUCGAUCCUUCCCCGUCGAAGCAUCCGAGUUCUGAUUUGAAGGAGAUGAAGGUCCAAGUCACAAAAUUGGAGACCCUUCUGGAGGAAAAGACUAUGCUCUUAAAUUUCAGAAUCCUUGAAAUUGAACAGAACAAAAGGAUGAUUGAGGAGAUGGAUAAGAAGAUUGAAUUUCUGCAAAAGACAUUAAAUGAUGUCAAGGUGCCACAACUAUGGGAUGAGCCUAGAAGGAAUAAUUUCAAUAUUCAUGUUUUAGAGUCUAGAACAUUGGAAGCAGAGAAAAAAGUGGAAGAAGUAGCUUCAAAAGUUGAACAGAUGCAAAACAUUAUUAACGAGCAGUGGAUUCAGAUUCAGCAACUUGAACAAUCACUUCAAAUGACAAAGGUAAUGACAUCGAGGGUAAAGAAUAAGGUUCAUUCUGAUGGUUACAAUAAAAGGAAGUCUAAUGGCUGUCCAAUGUCAAGGCUUAGAAGAAGCAUUACUAGACAUGCUCAUUCAAAGCCCGUUGAAUUGCCAGAUUCUUUUUUUCUUGGAGGUUCUAUAUCGAGGUCCUCUUUACUUAAAGCAAGCAAUCAAUUUAGAGGAACAAUCUCAGCCGCACGAAUGAAGCAUUACGAGCUUCAAUAUGCAGUAAAACAGGCCAUGGAAAUGAAUGAUUACACAGCACCUUUAGCUCACAGAGAGUUUGUUUUUUUUGUGGCAUCUACUAUAAUCUUGUUUCCCUUGACGAUGGCUUGGGUCUUAUGUUCAUCGUUUGUCGGCUAACCAGAACAAUUAACAGCUAAUCAGAUAAGAUUUCUCUUGCUUCCUGCUUGAAUUGACUCCGUGUUGGUAGUCUUGGUAGACCAAAUUCCUUUCCUUGGCAGAUAGCUUGAUCGCCAAAUAGUCAUCCUUGUACAAUCUCAAUGAAAUAAUCUGUACCUAUCAGAACGAGAAUAAUAAGUAUUUUUCUCAUUAUAUCUCACUUAUGCUCUUCUCUUUUUCACACUUUUUUUUUAUUUUUUUGUUUAAAUUUGAGCAUAAUUUAUCAUCUGGCUAUACUCGCGUGUAAUAGGAUAACAUAUCACCCUUGUGAUAAUCAAUGAUUUCUUUUGAUUGACUUUUUAGUUUCAA